CAAUGUAGACUGCACUGGACAUAUGCAAUUCAUUAUGAAUAAUCGUGUGUUUCGUGAAAAACAACAACAAAAACCAACAACAACAACAACACAAAAACCAACAAACACGAUAACAAAAAAAAAGAGCCAGGCAGGACGUAGAGCAGGAAGCUUACUGGAUAUACAAAAUGUUUAAAGGUUAUUAUAAUUGAUAGUUUGUGUCUCGAUGAAAAACCGUCAAGCAGGAAGGUACACUGUAUUAUACUUGGUGUUGACUGUAGGCUUUGCGCCGAAGAUAUAACGUGUUUGAAAGCUGUCAUAAACAAUAUAGCAUGUGCAGGAGUGGAAAACAGUCGGGCACAGUGGUACACACCAGGAAGAUAACGUACACCAAACAUUUUUCAGAAUACAAAAUGCAGGCAAGCGACCUUAACCGCAACCCACCCAUCUAAAUUGAGAAGUCAAAGAAGAAAAAAUGGAUACGAGUUCAGUUUGUUUAAAUGUUUUUGUUUUAUCAGCAAUGACUGUUUGUAUUGCAGGUUUCUCUCUGAAAUUAGCGGCUUCAACAGUCACACCCCAAAUUCGUCAAGAAGUAACCCUAACCUGUAUACUGGACGAUGCACGUGGAUUUAAUAAUUCAGUACAAAUACGGAAUGAACGACAUCGUCAUCAUUUUUUGCAGAACAUUGCCUAUUUUUAUUAUAGCAGAUCAGUAUGUAAUUCAAAUGUGAACGAUUUUGAUAUGCAAGCUCUACCCAUAAGGGCAUUAUGUGGACUCGGAACUAACACCACCUACUCGACGUCCAAAGAAUACAGCUUAAAGAUGCUACUUAAUGUCGGAGAGAUAGCACAUUACUAUUGUUCUGCUUACAACAACGGCCAAGACUACUAUAGCAAACCUGUUCAAAUGACAUCUACAAAUAAGGUUGAAUGCGCAUGCCUGAGUAUUUCUGGAGGUGGAGAUGUACUGACAGUGACUGAGGGUAAACAGUAUGAUGGAUUCAAAUGCAGCACCGGAGACGCCAGCCCGGAACCGGAAAUCAGACUAAAACUUAAUGAUACGUCUUCCGCCAAUCUGUCUGUUCGUAUGCUAAACACAACAGCGCGCAGAGAACGUCGACCGGCGUAUUGUAGCCACGUAUCAAUAUAUGAUGCAUUCGCCUUAAUUACAAACACGAAUUUAGCCUAUGUCCCAGACAGAGGCCAUGAUGGGAAGCAUGUCUACUGCUCCGCCAGAAACAGUGAGAUGGGAACCAACGAGGAGGAGGUGACCUCCAACAAAAUACGUCUCAUUGUUCAGUUUGGUCCACUAGAAACAGAGAUGACUUUCGACCCUGCAGAAGACACCUACACGGUAGAUGAAUCUGGAUCACUGACUGUGAACUGUUCAGCAGACUGCAACCCGGCUUGUACCUAUAUCUGGACCUACCUGGACAGAGGUAUCGCCACAGGAAGUCGUCUGUCCCUGAUCCACAUCACUGAGCAAGAGGCUGGCUAUUACAAGUGUACGGCGAGAAAUCCUGGGUCUGGGAUCACUGCUGACAAAUAUUUUAAACUAUACGUGGAAUAUUCCUUCUUCUCCAUUGGACCUGCUGCUGGUGUGGGAGUUGCUGUCGGAGUUGUCGUUACGAGUAUCGUCGCUGUUGUCAUAUGUUGUGUAGCAAGACGAUUAACGAAGGUUCCCCAGCGUUCAAAGUCGAAGAGAAGAGAGAAUGCACAUCAGAACACAGCAAAUGAUGACACUGGAAAUCAUGGUGAAGCUGAUUAUGAAGAUCUACGAACCUAACCAAAUGUUCAACAUAAGCAACUGCUAACAAACAAUAUAUUCAGUCACACUUUGAAACUAGGGUUAAUGC